UAAAGAGCCAGUUCUCACCCAGGAACUCUAACUUGCCUGGAUGUUCUGGACCCUUACAGGAAGCAACUAUAGCACUGCAGACUCCAGCAUUAGUCUGUCCAGAGCAGCAAGUGAGUGGAAACAAGCCAGCCUUGUAAGAGGACAUGCUUCUCCUCCCACUCUCCGUGCUGCUCCUGCUCACAGAGCCCUGGAGAUCCCUGGGAGCAGAAAUGAAGGUCUACUCCCAGAAAACACUGGCCAAUGGCUGUACCCUGGUUGCAUGUAGCCCCCCGGAGGGUGGUUUGCCUGGUCAUGAUGGACAAGAUGGGAGAGAAGACCCCCGCAGGGAGAAGGGAGAUCCAGGUUCACCAGAACCUGCAGGACAAGCAGGAAUGCCUGGACCAGCUGGCCCCAUUGGGCCGAAAGGGGACAAUGGCUCUGCUGGAGAACCUGGACCAAAGAGAGACCCUGGACCGCCUGGGCCUGCUGGAGCCAUCAGUCCACAGAGACCUUCAGGUGCUAUGGUCCUGCCAGGACUAAAGUGGGACAGAGGUGAUCUUGGAGAAAAAGGAGCAAAGGGAGAGACUGCAGUCCCAGGUAAGGAAGCCCUGGAGACCCCCACCAAGGUGUGCGGUAGGGAGUAGACCUUCUUCAGCUCAGUCCCUCUUCUCAGGCAUCCCCCUUAGCUACAGGUGGGAGUGGAAGCAGGAAAGAAUAACAGAUGGACAGUGAGGUGGACCCUGGUCUUAGCCUCUAUGACUCACUGGAGAAUAACCUGAGCAGUUUUUCCUUCUGAUCUUUGGGACAAGCAAAGCUCCCUUCCCAAUUCAUCAGAUAACCUUGAACUUCAAAUAAUCAUGCAGCCCGCCCCCCCAAACACACACACACACACACACUCAAAAGGAAGUCAUAUCAGAUUCCUAGAGUUUGGAAUUAAAAUGUCAUCCGGUUCAGUGUCAGUGAGGUGCAGGAAUCUGA